GGGGAGAUGGCCUCUGCAGGGAGAGGACGCAUGACUUGAGCUCUGUGUGAGUAAUGCCAGAGUAGCCUAGCUUGCGUGGGCAUUUUGUCCCAGAAUUUUUUUUUUUUGGUUGGUUUUGUCAUCAGUGUUUUUUUUUGUUUGUUUGUUUGUCCUGUUUGUGUUAACUGCCGGCUUAAGAAUAAAAAGAGAACUAUUUUUGUACAAGAAUUUUCCUUGUUUUGCUCAUCAUUCUGACUGACUACUCCAUCCGCUCGGCACACUCUAUUACAACAUCCAAUUGAAUUCCACACAUUUAUGCGUCACCGUACAGGCGCAGAUUUCCUCCUUGAAAACGGUCGUGUAGACGCGGAAAAAAGUGAGAACAAAAACGGACUUUUGCGUUUUUGUUUCAGACCGUCCCCGUGUAAAGUGGGCCUUGGAGAAGUUUGUUCUCAUGUCGCAGCCACCCUGUUUGCAUUGGAAUCCGCUGUCAAACACCUGAAGAGCAGAACCUGCACUGAUGGUCCCAGACAAUGGGGACAAUCUUCAGAUGUCACAGGUGGGAGAACGAUAUUCAGUUCAGGAUGUAAUAUUGACUUCACCAGUCCUGAGAGGAAGCGGAAACAGGCCUGUAUGGAGUCAUGCAACUCCGGACCACCCCCUUCAAAGUCUAAGAAGACAUCUUCCAUCCCACUCAUGACACAGGAUGAGAAGGAGAACUUUUUAAAGAGGUUGUCCAAGUCUGGUACCAAGAGUGCUAGACUGUCACUGGAGGCAGGCUUUAAUGACAGUUUCACACCAAGGACACUACAGCUCAAUCUUCCCAAACCCCUAUCUGAGCUGUAUGAUCCAGUCCAUCUAGGCCUGUCAUAUCCUGAUCUGUUGCUGGAAUGUGAGGCAGCAUUUCAAGCGCUGAACAUCGAUGAAAAUCAGGCAUCUUCCGUUGAAGAAGAGACUAGAAAACAAGCCAAAUCCAAGCUGUGGUUCCAAAUGCGUGCUGGCCGAGUUACAGCUUCCAGGUUCAAGGCAGCUGCAAGAACAGAUCCAGCCAACCCAUCCAAGUCUCUCAUCAAGCAAAUCUGCUAUCCACAAGCCUACAAGUUCACUUCUGCAGCAACUGAAUGGGGAUGCCAGCAUGAAAACGAGGCCAGGAAUGUGUACAAAGCACAUGUAGCCAUGCAGCACAGAGACUUCAUGGUGGAAGACUCAGGACUCAUCAUCAAUCCUGAUUAUCCUCACCUUGGUGCCUCUCCAGAUGGGAAGAUAAAGUGUUCCUGCUGUGGGAUGGGGAUUUUAGAAAUAAAAUGCCCUCAUUGCAAACGUGGUGCCUCAGUAGUAUUCUCUAAUUCCAAGUCCUCUACUGGAAUGUUCAGGCCUGAGGUUAGAUCCAGGAGAGCUUGUGCAGCUGAUCUACGGGAUUCUUCCUCUCUCUUCCUGGACUUCAUGGCCUGUCGACACUGAAAUGACCCCAGAGACUGCUGCCCUUUUCGCUUCACAGGUGAUGAGGUGUGUUGGAAGACACUGGGAACAAAAUCUGGGGAGAGGGGGUGGUUACUCCUUGCUCCUAAAAUUAACAAAAUAAAUAAACAUAAGAUUACCAUAAAAUAAAAACAUUUUUCAUUCAAAGAUCAAUGCUGGAAUAAUUCAAGUGAAUUCAAAAAUAAUUAUAAUGUACUUUAAAUGAGUAAUUGUAAUGAUUGUUUUCUCUACAAAUAAUUUCUUUGCAUGCAAGUAAAUAUACAAACAAAAUAAAAG